AUGGACACACAAAUUCCUAUCGCACUAGAAUCAUUUGGUUAUUUUAAUAUUAUUUUUAUUAUAUCUAUUAUCAGUAUGGAUUUUCACCGUCAUCUCCUAUUGUUUUCUUUUUACAUAUUAUUAAAAAUACUGACUAUAAGAUUAAAAAUUCUUAAUAAAUAUUUAACCGAUUGUAUAAACUUACAAAAUGAAAAUAAUACAAAAGUAGUUAUUUAUAAUAUAAAUAAAGACAUUUAUUAUCAUAACAAAGGGCGAGCAACGAAAAAUAAGAAGAUAAUUCGCCUAGCUGAAGCGUAUAAAAUCAUCGGCGAAGGGAAUAACUUAAUCAAUGAAAUUUUCGAAUUUCAGAAUUCAAUGAUCGUCGUGUUCACGUUCUCUUAUAUUAUAAUUACUCUUUGGAGUUCAAUAUAUUACUACCGUACUUUGAAAAUGUUACAUUCAUUUAUAGCAUUACCAUUACAAUGUAUAAUCGAAUUUAUUACAAUGGGCCUAAUGACCUACGCUUGUGAUAUGAUGAGUUCGGAACGUAAUGCUACUAAAAUAUUGGUCAACGAGUUAGUAAUGGACUAUGACUUGCCGAAAGCAAUGAGAAUUCAAGCUAAAGCUUUUAUGGAAAUAGUCGAAUUGUGGCCAAUGAAGACAUCUGCUUACGACAUGUUCCCUAUAAAUAUUCAGUUAAUUCUUAAGUUUGUUAGUGUAUCAACGACGUACCUUAUAGUAAUCAUUCAAGUAUCGCACUUUCUGUAG